CAAUUCAACAAUACAAUAAGGAAUUAAAACCUUCUGAUCUUGAUCUAAAAUCCAUUUUAACCAACUUGAAAACAUUUUUAAUAAAAAUAAUGCCAUAUUUGGAUACUGCUCGCCAGCGUGUAACGAAUAAUUUACAGCAAAAACAUAGCUCGGGAUUUUCCUGUCUCGUCGAUCUUUACUCUACGACCAAACAUAAACCAGAUUUGAAAAGAUACUCUUCUAAUAGAGAAUUAUCGUGCAACUCGAAAAAAUUUAGCAUACGAACUCAGUUAUCUAUUGCAAGAAUACUCAAUCCCGACAAGAUCCUGAUGGAGGGCACUAGUUCUAGUCGGCUUUGUUCUUGUGAAAAAGUUGAAACCGUCAAGCAGUUUUCGUUGAAGUAUCCACGUUACCAGUUUCAACGUGAUAUACUUUUCUCUGAUUGGUUAUCUCUGGCUCUUUUUCACUCCUGCGUAUUUGCAACCUAAUUAUUUUUUGAGCGUUUUUAUACCGUAGAUUAUGCACAAAUUUCACAACUUCAUUUAUUUGGUACUAGCUACAUCGAAAGCACAAAAGGUUUUUAAACCAAAAUUUCUCACUCCUUUCUUUCGUUUUAUCCAGCUUCUCCUUCCUUCUUCUUGUUCUUUUACAUUGUUGCUAUUUAUGUAUUUCUCCUUUUUCUCUGUGUGUGUAUGUGUACUGAGUAAUUCAGUUUCUGUUUGAUGUCAGUGUUCUUUAUGUUAUUCUCUGUGACUACAUGCGUUAGGUGUGUCUCUUUUACUUAUUAUUUGUACUGCCAAUUUUUGCUUGUUGAACAGUUCAAAUGAUGUUGCAUUAGUCAGUUUGAGAUAUGGAAAGUCAAACUAAACUAAAACUAAUCGUUUUUAACAGAGAAAAAUCAAAUGUCUGCCUGCUAAGCCAAAAAUAUCCGCUGUCCGUAUGCAGACAAAAAUUAUUUUCCAUUUCGUUCUCCCUUAAGUAUGUUUUAUUAAGAAAGUAUAGCUCUUUUUCUUAACCUUACAGAAAAUGAAUGAAUCAUCAUGGGUUUUUACCGUUAAAGAAUUGAUUUAUUGUUGCAUUCUGUUACGUGAAAUAAUUUACCAACUCUACCAGAGUUUUAUUUAUUCAGUGAAUAAAUGGUCAAAUUCUUACUUGUUUCAGUAUAUUGUUAAACACAAUUUGGCAACAAGUAAUUUUUAUUUUAUUACAAAAUUGCAACUUAUGUUUGCAGAUCAUGAUGACUCAUCAAACCAUUCGCAGAUUCUUCAGCUUUUCUCGGUUUUUCAGGAUAUAGAUUCAUUGGAUAAAAGUUUCGAAUUUAAACAAGGACUAAAUAUGAUCUCAUUUUCUGUUUUCCCUUUUUUAUAAUCAGUUAUAAUUACCGAGAUAUUCACCACUCUACACUAUAGAGUAUGCUUUUUAUAGUGUAGAAUAGUAGAUACCUUUGUAAGUCUAACGGAUCAUAAAAAAAGAAAAACAGGAAAUGAAAUCGCAUUUGGUCCUUGUUUAAAUCUCAAACUUCCAUCCAUCGAAGUUGUAUCCUUCAAAACCGCAAAAAGGUGCACGAAAUAAGCGUCGUUUUUCAUGUGGAAAUACAAUAACAGAAACUUUUAAUUUUAGUGGAUUGGUCACUUGAAGCUCCAUUUGAAGCCAACGGAGAUGAUGCGACUAUUCAUGCAGGAUUGGAUUUACAAACCGAUGCAUUGAAUCAAGCUCCACAAUAUCCUCAGUCAAGUAAGUUAAGAAUGAUAAAUGUUUGUAUCCAUGCCUAUACAAAAUAAAAUGAUAUUAAACUGCUUUAUCAGCGCCAGAUUUGUCUGAAAAUUCAUCAGGACAACAGAUUGAUCUUCAGCGAGGUACAUACAUGAACUAUUAAGAUUUUUAUAAAGGACAUUGUUUUGUCUUUUUUCUUUUGAUAGAAAGUCACAUCCAAAAUUAUAGACAGCCGAGUGGUAAACAUAAAUAGUUGCUCAGUAUUCCCUACCUUUGCUUGACUAUUUUGUAUUACAGCUGAAUCUGUUAUCGACACGCUCAAACCGCUCAUCGCAAUAUAUGGGUAUGAGAUACUCGUAAAUGGUAUCACCAAUAAAUUUGAAAGAAAACCUCCAACUGAUGAACGCCCUCCAUGUGAGUUAGUUUCAUUUGCUUAAUAUGUUCUCGAAGUUUACCUAUAUUUAAUUUCGUAGAUCCUAACCGACCUGUGAAAGCAAAAGAGUUGAACAAGUUGGCAUCAUCAAUAAAUGAAUCAAAUGAAAAUCUUUUUAAAUUAGCUAAAGAAUUAAAUUUAGAUCGGAAAAUACCUUAUAUCCGAAAAUUUGCUGUAAACUUUAGUUCCCAGGACAUUGAAAACUGCCAAGUUAACUGCCAGUUAACUCCCAGUUAAUUGCCAGUUAACAGGCAGUUUACUGGCCGUUUUUAGACCGUUCAGACAGUUUUUAGGUGGUUUUUUGAUGGUUCGGA